AUGGAUGGCUCUCUGCUCUUAGCUGCUCUCUAAGCUACAACCUGUUGCAAGACGCGUUACACCGUCCUUCGCCCUGAAUACUAUGAAUGCACUCGUUGCUACGAGACUUGCACUCCAUGCAACGUGCCCUGUGCUCCCAACAAUUCUCCGUGCGCAACCGCCUGUGGUCCAGCAAUCUGUGGUGCUGGCGGCUACGGCCCAUUCAAGGGUCGAGGCGGCUGUUGCU